CACGCAUAGGGCCAGAUUCGAAUGGCGCGAGAAGCUGAACGCGUGUCGCCUAUUUGGGGGCAGAGAGGGAGAGAGUAGAGAGAGCGAGAGACAGAGAGAGAGAGAGAGAGAAGGCAAGCUGUCUUUCCAUUUCCACCCUUUUCGUGCUCUUUUCUCCUCAUCAUCAUCAUUCAACUCAUACGUUAGGAAAAGUCGUUACUCUUUGUAUUCUCCUCUUCUGUCGUUAACUACACACACACCCACGAGCAUCUCUUCUUCGCCCCAGCGCAUUACUUCUUCAUCGCGACAUCGAAACUUCGAACCAACACUCCUUCCACCAGCACAGCAACCAUGCAGUUCAAGCUCCUCGCCCUUUCCGCCAUGGCGGCCAUCGCCCAGGCGCAAUCCGCCAGCUCCUCCAUUAACCUGUACGUCACCAACAUCCUCCACCACCAGUCCCCCAUCCGCAAGACUAACAACAUUGUUCACAGCAUCUCCGUCCUCUCCGUCCUCCAAACCGCCCUCCCCUCCACCCUCGUCCAAGAAGCCCUGACCAACUCCGCGGCCGUGAGCUCGCAAAUCGCCUCGCAAUUCAGCGCGGGCCAAACACCAACCUGGUUCACCGCCCUCCCAUCCGACAUCCAAACCUUCCUCGUCCCCCUCGCCACCAGCCCGGGCGCGCUGAGCUCCGUCGCCGCCAACGUCACUUCGCGCGCCAACAUCUCCUCCGCCGCCGCCCCGACCGGUAUCAUUGCCGGAGGCGGCCCGGGCGGAAGCAUCAGCCGCAACAUCUCCUCCAUCGUCUCGGCCCAAAGCAGCAUCUUCUCCUCCAUCCGCUCGGCGAACGGCUCGGCCAUUGUCGCCGGUUCCUCGGCCGGCGCGUCCGCCUCGCGCAUCUCCUCCGCUUCCGCCGGUGCAUCCGGUGCCGCGGCGGGUGCAUCGUCCGCUUCUCGCUCCGGCUCGGCCGCCGCCGCUGGUUCCGCCUCGGGCUCCGCGACCGGUUCCGCCGCCGCCGCCACUUCCAGCCGUGCCGCGAGCGCCACUUCCUCCGCUGGCGCCGUGCCGACUGCCGUCGUGGGGAUGGGUUUGGCGGGUGUGGUUGGGCUGGUUGGCAUUUUCGCUUUGUAAGAAGGGCUUGGAAAUCUACCGCGAAUUUAGAGGGGGUUUUGGAUAGCUGCACGUGUUAGCUUUGAUUGAAAAGAAAACCAGGGCGUUUAGCAUUGUCACGGAGGACGAUGUGGCUCGCCAUGCUAUGUGUGGGCGGGCUGAAAAGAUACUUGCUGCAAUGUACAUAGUCCCGCCAUUCACAACAAGCUACGUGCUAGCUUAUUCUCGUACAGUCAGUGAGACGUCUCCGCAUAAACUACAACCCAACGGGUUCGGGCGAGGCGA